AUGGGACGCUCACGAUCGCGGGCGUCGCUCGUCCCUCUCCUCGCUGUAUCAUCACUUCUCUCACACUUCGCAUGGGGAUUCGAUUGCAAGGACAUCGUAGCGCAGAAGGUGCAGUUCCAUUUUGAGAAGCUAGGCGGCCCGCACGUAGUGCACUGGCAAGAAGAAGACAUAGAGCACGAGAUGCUCUACAAAUACAACUUCACCCUCGAUAUCUGCAACUCUUUGAAAUGGCAGAAAGGUGGAAGUGCAGCAACCGAAUGCCACCAAGGCUCAAGAGUCUGCGCUAUUCGGGAAAACAUCGACUUGUCGAUGGACAACAACUCCACUAUUACCCCGAUUGAUAUCGCUGGAACGUAUAAAACGCAGACGGGUCGCGAGCUUGAGGCGAAAUUUGAGUUGCUGCGGAAUUCGAAGAGCAACUCAGAUGCAGGGAGGGAAGGGCUGAGGGCCGAGUUCCAUGGUGGCCGAUCUCCGUUUGAUGAUAAGAAGAAUGGCAUAGAUCAGCGGGCCAUCAUUGAAUUUGUGUGUGAUAAGGAGAGGACGGGACUUGAGGGCGAUGAGAAGGAUAAGGGGGACAAUGAAGACAAGCCCAAGGAUGGCGAUAAAGACGGCAAAAAGGAUGGGGAUGAGAAGAAAGAGGAGAAGCUGAGGAGGAGGGAGAAUGAAGGCAAGGGCCAGUGUGAAGACAGCGACCGAAGUUUACGCUUCUGUGGAUACCAGCUGGAGACUGCGGACAAGGAUAAGAAAGUUAAGACGCUGAGACUGGAGUGGCGAACACAACAUGCGUGUGAGGAUGCGCCUACGCCAGAUGGAGGAUCGCAUUGGGGCUUCUUUGGGUGGUUCUUCAUCAUCUUCUUCCUCGCCAUAGCCUCGUACCUCAUCUUUGGCUCCUGGCUCAACUACAAUCGCUAUGGCGCUCGCGGCUGGGAUCUGCUGCCCCACGGCGAUACGAUUCGCGAUAUCCCAUACAUUGCAAAGGACUUCGCAAGGAAGAUAUUGGGUACCGUGCAGGGCGGUGGGAGUAGAGGAGGCUAUGCUGCGGUCUAA